AUGGCUCGCGCGUCUAUCGAUGAGGACGCCGUCCCAGGACAGCCUACAGAACCCCAGGUAGGCGCUGACGAUGAUGAGGAAGAGGAGGAGGAAGAACUAGAGGAUGCGCCGACCACACCUAAAUGGCGGAUCCGGGGGCCUGCAAAUUUUACUAGCAGCAAGGGCACACGCCCACCCAAACCUCUACCCACUGAACCCAAACCUCUACCCACUGAACCCAAACCCGAACCCAAACCCUGA